CUCUACCAGAUUGUGUGACUUGUGAAGCAGAAAUAUGGGGAACCAAGGUAAAAGCAAUUGUGAAUACAGGUUCUUCAGGAAACAUCGUAUCUAAGCAAUGCUUGGAUCAACUUAAAAGAAAAAUAGAAGAAAAUUCAAACAUUAAUCUCAUUGGAAUAAAUGGGCAAAGACAUAGACCAUUAGGAAUCAUAUGGAAUGUACAAGUAACCUUAGAAAAUAAACACACAAUUGAAGUAACAAUGCAAGUGACUGAAGCUACAAAUUAUGAAUUAAUAUCAAGAGUAGAUUGGUUAAAAGCAAUAAAUGGGGUAAUAUCCAUUGAAGGAAAAGUUUUAACCACUGCUGCUUAUGAAACAACCAAUAAGCAUCCCAUACAUGUAGAAAAGAAACCUACAGUUGUUAAUCAACCAGGAGAUGAGGACUAUGAAGAAGAGUCAAUACAGGAAAAAUUUGCAUUCCUAAAUCAAAUAAUGGGAGAUCAUCUAGAAAUAGUAUUCUCACAGUUAAGACGGCUGGAUUCAAGCUUGGAAAAGAUAAAUGCUCACUUGCAAAAACACAAUUAG